UCGAGAGCCUCCCAGAGGUCAACAACAUUCCGUUCGACCAGCAAGAGGAAGAGGAUGCCAUCCCAGCCUGGCAGCUCUGCUUCCUCGAUUGCUCCCUCCGACAAGUCCUUGACCUCCUUCCCCUCCUUCUCUCCAGAGUCACCCCACGACGAUGAGCCUCCGAUGACUCCCACCUCACCCACACCAGUGCCAGUGCCGACCCUGGUCUCCACUGCGUCAACUGCGCCUCGCUCUCCUACUCGACCUCGUACCGCAAUCUUUGACGACGACGCCGCGCCUCUGCUGCAGCAGUCCGUCCCUGGCGCCCUCCAUCUUGCAGAUGACGCACAUAUACAGACGCUGAUUGCGCGACAUGGUGCUGUGGGGCUGGUGCGCUCAAUAGCCGAGGAUCUCGCCACCCGCGAUGCCCAGAUAGCAGCUCUACGUCGGCGGGCUGAUGCGAGGGAGAGGUCGCUGCGCAAGAUUAUCCUCGAAUGCGGGCUGUCCAACAUGGAUCUAGAGACAAGGCUGCGCGCUAUUGAAAAGGAAGCAAAGUCUUCGGGCGGGAGGAAGGGAGGUGUGGAGGACAUGGUGGGGGAGGCCAUGUCGGACGACUUCGUCCCCAUCGGCGGCAGCGGUCUUUAUGGCGAUGAGAUCGACGCGACGAUACGAGCCAGGGCGAUCUCGAGCUCAACAAACGGCGAUGCUGGGAGGGGGACUGCACGAGGCUGGAAGGACUUGCUCUGGGGGACAAAUCGAAAGUCGGGCAGCCGGGCAAACAGUGUCAAUGGAGAUGAUGGAAAGCAGACGGUGAUCAAGCCGGCGCCGUCUCUGGAGCGAAGACCCAUGAUCCAGGAGGACUUGUUCAACCCGCCAGAGGAUCAGGCGCGAAGUGCCAGCCGCGCUUCCAGCAUCAGUUCUGUGAGCGGGAACCGAAAGACAUCUCUCGCGAGCUCGAUGCUGCGGCUGGUUGCUGGAGGGACUCCUGUAGCAAGAGAUGGCGACUCGAGAGGGAGGGCCAACAGCUCGGUGGCAGGAGGCUCCGUUCGGACACCAUCAGCUUCGAGUGCCAAGACGAGCGCGUCGACGAGGGUUGUACCAACCCCUCAGGGCCCUCCUCCCAGGGGGGCUCUUGCUGCCAUGCGCCGCACAGCUACUCAGCACAACAUACAGACUACGAACUCGAGAGGCCAGCAGUCAGAGAGAUGGGACACCAUGGCGUCAACACCUCACACGGAGAUCAAUGCACGCCAAGAGAGCUACGGGCCUGUUGAGAUGGACAGCAUUCUACCCCCUGAGGAGCAGCCGCCAACCUUGACGCGACUCUACAAUAACUACACUGGAUCUGAAUACCUCACUGAUCGAUUUGGAUUUAUCUAUGACCAGCGACGGAAGAAGAGACAGAGAGAGGCACAGCAGGUGGCCAAGAAAACCAAGAGAGGCAGCCGCACGGAAAUGCUCACCAACAGUCGGUUCACCUUGCCCCCAGCCUCUAUGGAUGAUCUCGGCAGCACGAAAUCCGAGGGUGGGAGCGAUGGUCGGCCAGAUACACCGUCCUCACUCGAAGACCACGAAAAGGCCAGAAAAUGGCAGGACUAUCUCAAGAUUGCCACUUUUCCCACGGAGCUUCUCUCGCACACCCCAUCCAUCAGCGCACCCACCAUUGAGGUUUUGGAAGGGGCCGAUCUUCUAGAGAUGCCAAAGUCGCCGCCUCUGAUCACCGCUGAGGAUGAUCUUGGCUUCCUGCCGUCUGCGAGCGCUGCGACUGUAGCAGUGAGCGAGGAGCCUGUCACCGUCAACGAAGAGGCGUCCUCGAGCAGCCUGGCUAGAGAGGACGUGGAGCCUGUCAGGAUCCUUCUUCAACAGCUCAGCGAUGUACACGAUGGGCUGCAGCGUGAGAAGACGGUACGGUGGAACGACUUCCUGCGCAAGGUCCGAGCCGAGCGUCGUCGCGAGGGCGAGGCAGCCAACGCUUCUGCCGCCGCCGCCGCCGAGGCACGGUUUCAGAAAGCGACCGCUAUGAUGCCCGAGGCGCGGGUGGCUGACGGCGAAUUAAUCGGCGUUGCCAACUGGGCUAACAAGGGCAAGGUCGGACGAGCCAAGUGGGGUGAAUUCAGCCGGCUCGUGCUCGGUGGCAUACCUGUCCUGAUGAGGGCCAAGAUCUGGGCUGAGUGUUCCGGCGCAACCAACCUGCGGGUACCAGGCUACUACGAUGAUCUAGUCGCGCGGCCCGAGUCGCAGGAUCACCCUGAGGUGGCCCAGCAGAUCCGUGCUGACAUCAACCGCACGCUCACGGACAACAUCUUUUUCCGCAAGGGCCCGGGUGUACAAAAGCUCAACGAGGUGUUACUGGCGUACUCGCGUCGCAAUCCUGAAGUGGGCUACUGCCAAGGCAUGAACCUGAUCACUGCCAACCUCUUGUUGAUCAUGCCCUCCGCCGAAGAGGCCUUCUGGAUUCUCACGUGCAUGGUGGAGAAGAUCCUGCCGCCCGGCUACUACGAUCACAGUCUUCUGGCGUCUCGUGCCGACCAGCAAGUCCUGCGCAGCUACGUCGCCGAAGUCCUGCCCCGGCUUUCUGCGCACUUUGACGACCUUGGUAUUGCCCUCGAGACCAUGACCUUCCAAUGGUUUCUCUCUGUAUUUACAGACUGCCUCUCCGCCGAGGCGCUGUUCCGCGUGUGGGAUGUGGUGCUCUGCUUUGGCGAUGGAUCGACGUUUCUAUUCCAGGUAGCGCUCGCGCUGCUCAAGCUCAACGAGCAGCAGCUUUUGGGCUGCCUCACGCCCGCAGCUGUCUAUACCUACAUCAACCACCAGAUGACCAACCAUGCCAUUAGUAUUGACGGGCUGAUCCAGGCAAGCGAGGGCCUGAGGAGGGUUGUCAAGAGGGAGGAUGUCGAGGGGAGGAGGAUGAAGGCCGUCGAGGCUGAAAGAGAGCUGGUCAGGCAGAGGGAG